AUGUCCGACCGCGGAACCCUUCCCAAGGAAAUGAUCACCCACAUACUCUCGAGAUUGCCCGUCGAAUCCCUUUGCCGAUUCAAAUGCGUUUCUCCCUCCUGGAAAACCCUGAUCUCUUCCCCCUAUUUCGCCAAAACCCUCCUCAACCGAACCAAAACCCUAAAAAACCCUGAUAACCUCCGUAAAAAAAUCCUCAUCAUGGCCGACAAUCUCUACUCCGUUGACCUCGCCCACACAAAUCCGACCGCCACAAAGCUUAGUCUCCCCACGGCGGAACAACAACUAGAGCAUCAGGUACGCGUUGUGAACUCCUGCGAUGGUUUGGUGCUAGUUUCCAUUCGAUGCAGCUCCGAGUUGUUCUUGUUGAAUCCAUCCACCAGAGAGUGCAAGAAACUCCCCGUAUUUCCUUGUGUCGUCGAUUCCGCUGAUUAUUUCGACGAGGAUCUAUACGGCGUGGGAUACGAUUCUUCCACGGAUGAUUACAAGGUCUUGAUCAUCUUCUCCGCAUCGUUCCCAAGGACUGGCGCUUCAAUCGUGGCUAUCUAUUCGCUGAAAACGGAUUCCUGGAGAAGAAUUCAGGACACGGAUUUUUACCUUGAGGCAUACAGUGGUAGGGUUUUUGUUAAUGGGUGUCUCCAUGGAAUUUGUUGGAGGGAUGGUUGUAAUGGGAUUGUUGCUUUCGAUUUGUCGGAUGAGGUUGUAAGGGAAGUUCCACAACCGCCUUGGUAUUGUGGAAUUGGAUCCGAGAUUUCGUCUUAUUGGGUUGCAGUUCUUGGGGGUUGUCUCUGUUUGGUUGACAAGCGGGCGCCUGAGUUUUGGAAGAUGAAGGAGUACGGGGUACGAGAGUCGUGGACGGAAUUUAAGAUCCGGUCCGGGUUGUUUAAAGCUCAUUUGUUGUGUUUGUUAGCGGACGACGAAUUCUUGUUGAGAACCACUCCGGGGAGAGGACUUAAGCAAUGGGUUGUCUACAAUCAGCAAAAGAACACGGCGAGGAACAUAAUGGUCUGUGGCAUUCCGGAUCAGUUUUCGUUUCAGGGCACCUAUGUGGAGAGCCUCAUCUCUCCUCAUCAUGGAGGACCGGAGGAGGGAUUGGGAGGCAAUGAAUGA